GUCCAGCACAGAAUCGGCGCCGCCCGUGUUAGAAUGGGUCGUCUUACUGACUAGCGGCUACUUGUCGAGCCGAUUUAUUUCUUUUUCUUUCUUGUCAGUGUGAGAACGAAAAAAUGGGAAAAUCUUUGUGACUUCGACAUGGUUAAAGUAUAUUCGGAACUGUUGUAAUAGCGUUUUGGAGGUUAAAUGGUGGAGAAAUUAAAUAGUUAGGAGCUGAGCGAGACUCUAAGCGGUCGUCCUGAACGAGAUCACGUGACUUCUUGGCUUCGGAUGAGUCACACCUGUUCUCAGGUAAAUAGCCAGGCAGGAUAGAAAAACUUACUGGACAGUAGCUCUGCAGGACCGGAGAUGGAGACCCCUGGUGUACAGUGUUUGACAUGGUUUUCAAAUUAUGAUAAAAUUUUUAUAAAAACACUUUGUAAUGUUACAAACAUACACAACCUACUGGAAAUAAAGCAUUAAAUUCUAACCCUGAACUUGUCAUACUUUUAGUUCCUUGGAAAUCAGCCUUUGUCAGAAUCAGAAUCAGAAUCGUGGUUAUUGGCCAAGUAUCUGAUCGAACACAUACAAGGAAUUAGAUUCCAGUCGAUGGUCUCAAGCACAACAGUGUAAAAACAACAACAAUCUACAAUAUGAAUAUGUAAUAUGGAUUUAUAUUUAUAAAGAGGCCCCAGCAGGAAUCAUCUGGUCUGGAUCAGCAUAGAAAUGGAUGGAUCUGCUUCUGAAAUGCGCCCCCCUGCGGGGUGUAACAGGAAGAGCCCUGAGAGUGUCGUGAUGGAGAGAGCAGACUCCCCUGUACCCAGCUGUGUUUCCCUGAAGAGUGACGCAUCAAUGGGAAAACCACUCAACUUCAGAGAGGGACCUUUUCCUACAGAUCAAAGAGACCAAAUGGAAGAAUACAGUUCAGAUCUACAUGAUAAAUCGGGUUUAUCAUCCAUAUUGAAGACACUAGAGGAAAAAGCCAUGAAGUUCCUAAAGGACGAGCUGAAGACGUUUGUGAGGCACCUAGAUCAGAAUUACCCAGAAUGCUCUGAGCCUCAGCUGGAGGAGGACAAUGACCUGGACUGUGAUGGUCAGAUGCAGAAGACCAGUGUUAGAGAGGUAGCUCUGAAGAUCACAAUGUACAUCCUGAGGACCAUGAAGCAAAAUGAUCUUGCUGACCUGCUGGACAAGAGACAGCUCAUGCUACAGGAAUUCAAAGGUAAACUUAAGAAGCAAUUUGAGUGUGUAUUUGAAGGGAAAGCUAAGGAAGGACAGCCAACACUUCUCAGUGAGAUUUACACAGAACUCUACAUAACUGAAGGUGGGACUGGAGCAGUCAAUGAUGAACAUGAAGUGAGACAGAUUGAAACAGCAUCCAAGAAAAGGCGAACAGAAGAUACUACAGUCAAGUGCAAUGAUAUAUUUAAACCCUUAUGUGGGCGUGAGACACCGAUCAGAACUGUACUCACUAAAGGGGUGGCAGGUAUCGGGAAAACAGUCUCUGUGCAGAAAUUUAUUCUCGACUGGGCAGAAGGAAAAGCAAACCAGGAUGUUCACUUCAUGUUUGCUCUUCCUUUCCGGGACCUGAAUUUGAUUAAGGGUGAAUACAGUCUGAUUGAACUGCUUCACCACUUUGUCCCAGAACUGAAAUCAUUUCAGUCCACUGACCUGUUUAGCUCCAAAGUCUUGUUCAUCUUUGAUGGUCUAGACGAGUGUCGCCUUCCUCUCGAUUUUCAGAACAAAGAAAGCUGGUUUGAUGUAACAAAGAAAACGUCACUGGAUGUGCUGUUGACUAAUCUCAUUAAGGGGAAUCUGCUCCCAUCCGCUCUCCUCUGGAUAACCUCCCGGCCAGCAGCAACCAAUCAGAUACCUCCUGAGUGUGUCCACCAGGUGACAGAGAUACGAGGGUUCAGUGAUGCCCAGAAGGAGGAGUAUUUCAAGAAGAGAUUUAAUGAUCGGACCCUGGCCAGCAGGAUUAUCACACAUGUGAAAUCAUCAAGGAGCCUCUUCAUCAUGUGCCACAUACCUGUGUUCUGUUGGAUUUCAGCCACUGUGCUUAAGAGGCUUUUUAGUGAGACUGACAGGGGAGAAAUUCCAAGGACUCUGACUGAAAUGUACACACACUUCCUGAUCUUUCAAACAAGUUUAAAAAAUGACAAGUAUAUGAAAAACCAAGAAACUAAGCUUAAGGAAUACAGCAAGCAAUUCCUUUUAAAACUUGGUAAUCUUGCUUUUGACAACCUGGAGAAAGGAAAUCUCAUAUUUUAUGAGCAAGAUCUGACAGAGAAUGGCAUUGAUGUCAGUGAAGCUUCAGUUUACUCUGGAGUGUGCACAGAAGUCUUUAAAGAGGAGUAUGGGUUGUACCAGGAGAAGGUGUACUGCUUUGUGCAUCUGAGCAUCCAGGAGUAUCUCGCUACUUUAUAUGUGUUCCUGUCAAACUCAUCAGCUAACCUGCUGAAGACUGCAGUGGAUCAGGCAUUAGAGAGCAAGAAUGGACACUUGGACCUCUACCUCCGCUUCCUCCUGGGCCUCUCAACAGAAUCCAGUAAGACUCUGUUACAAAGGCUGCUGGGACAGAGAAGAAAGAGAUCACAUGACAUUAACAAAAUAACCAAAUACAUCAAGGAGAAAAUAAAGGAGAAUUUAUCUCCAGAAAGGACCAUCAACCUGUUCCACUGUCUGAAUGAACUGGGUGACAAUUCCCUAGUAGAGGAAGUACAAAGAUACCUGAAUUCAGGAAACAUUUCAGCAGAUGACCUCUCACCUGCACAGUACUCAGCUCUGGCCUUUGUGAUGCUGAUGUCAGAUGAGGAGCUGGAUGUGUUUGACCUGAAGAAUUACAUUAGAUCAGAUAAACAGCACUGCAGGCUGCUGCCUGUGGUCAAGAACUCCAGGACAGCUCUGCUGAACAGCUGUGAUCUCAUAGAUAAACACUGUGAAGUGCUGACUUCAGCUCUAAGAUCAAACUCUUCCCCCCUGAGAGAGCUGGACCUGAGUGACAAUAACCUGAAGGAUUCAGGAGUGAAGCUGCUCUCUGCUGCACUGGGGGAUUUACACUGUAAACUGGAGAUAUUGAGGCUGUCAGGCUGUACAGUCACAGAAGAAGGCUGUUCUUCCCUGGCUUCAGCUCUGAAGUUAAACCCCUCACACCUGAGAGAGCUGGACCUGAGCUACAAUCACCCAGGAGAAAAAAUCUAAAUCAUCACCAAAGCACUAUCAAUUAAUUUUAUCGUUUUUAAAAAUAUUUUUUGUAAAUGCUUUAUAGCUGCUUAUAUUAUCUUGGUGUUUGUGUGAGAGUGUAGGAUGGUUAAAUAUAUUCGGAAUUAAUUAUACAUCUUUAAUUUCACAAAAAAAGAAUCCUUUGCAUUUGUUCUUUUUGCGGAUGCCGUGAGUGUAUGUGUUUUCUGUGUGAGAUUCGUUAGUAUUGUCCUAAGGAGGCACCUGUAGGCAGUGAGACCGGACUCUCUCCUCAAGUGCAAAAUGUGAAUUUGCAUUUUUACAGGGGGGUUCUGGAACAUUCCUUAAAAUUCAUGAGAGAAUAUUACUGAUUGGUCACUGAAUCACCUAAACCAGGGGAGCCCAAAUCCAGUCCUGGAGGGUCAGAGUCCUGCACAUUUUUGGGUUUCCCCUCAUUUAACACACGUGAUUCAUCUCCUUGUGCUAAUAACCACACAGCUCUUGAGCUGAAUUAUUUAUGGUAGAUCAGGGAAAGAACUUUGCUACACAGGGCACCGCCCCCCCCAGGACUGGAUUUGGACACCCCUGCUUUUAGGUAGAAGAAACAGGCAGCACAAGUCGAUGUUAACUGGCCAAUGAGGUAGUGCCCCUCUCAUAAAUAUUAAUCAGCCAGCCAAUCGUGUAGGGCUUCUCUCGUGAAUAUUAAAAAGUUCUGCUGAUCCACGGUGCUAAAAGAAAUUAGCGCCCAGGACACACUGGAUGUGCGGCGGAAAAUAUCAAAUUUCAUUUCGGCGCCCAUGUUAACAGAUUAGAGCGGCCGCGUGCGUGCGCGAGAUGCGGGGCUCACGCCUCGCGGCAGCGGCGCAGCAUCUACAGUCACGCGCGCGGUAAGCGGUUCUCUAUGGAAGCGUAUUGCAUUCAUCUGGGAAAAAUUAAUUCUGUUUUUCCGAAUUAAUGAGAUAAUAAUCCCGUUUUUUAGAGCAAUAUUUUUCUGAAUUAAUGAGAACCUUCCUGUUUUUUAUGAUGCACGAUCUGUGCCGGAAUAAUCGUUUAUAUCAGAAUCCAGGUCCAAAUGUUUAUUAAAUAUCACUUUAAACAUGUAAUAAUAUUACUUAAAUAUUCUGUUAUUGAUGGCCAUUUCCGAGCCGGAUGCGCCAGAAUUAGCGGUUAGAAGGAAAGACACUGACUUUAGUAUUGAUCUCUGGUGCCGUUUUGUGGUAAAUAUGCUUGUGAUGAAUAUGUCUGAUGAAUGUCGCUGCUUUGUCAUUUUUUAAUUAAAUUAAUUAAGCUGUUAGUUUAGCUCGCGCCCCAUUUUGGCGGCUCUUCCCGCCGCCGUCGCGCGCCCACUUUAUGUUUCAUAAACUUCAGUUCCCGCUUCGUUAGGGGAAGCUGUGCUGUUUUUAUAUCGUACAGAAACAUAAAGUACAGGCGGCCUGAUGGGAUUAAUAAUUCUU